AUGCUUCCAACCCCAUCGACGUCACACGUCUCGUUCGACACCAUCUAUGAGCCAGCGGAGGAUAGCUAUUUGUUCCUCGAUACGCUUUCCUCUGCUGCAGAAACCGCAUGGCUAACCCAGAAGUUCAAUGCCUCUAACACAAGCUUAAAGCCCGGGUCUUCUACAAAUUCCCCUCAACCACUUGUGGUUGAGGUCGGUACCGGCUCAGGCGUGGUCCUAGCGUUCGUGGCUGCAAACGCCGAUAUCAUUUUUGGGAGGAGGGAUAUACUAACCUUGGGCACGGAUGUGAAUAGCAAUGCCUGCAGCGCAACGCGCCAAACUGUUUGUUUGGCGAUUACCGACGUCCAGAAACGCGGACUCGGGAACCCUGUUGCUGGACCAUCGACUGUGCGACCCAAAUUCCUGUCAUCCCUAACUGCAGAUCUUUGCACACCCCUCAGGCCAGGAUCUGUGGAUGUCCUCAUUUUCAAUCCCCCUUACGUACCCACCUCGGAGUUGCCAGAUAUUCCGUCAUCCGAUAUGGGGAACAUCUCUCUCCCGCAAUUCGAACGCGAGUCUCACCUCCUUUCUCUCUCUUAUGCUGGCGGAGAACUUGGAAUGGAAACUACAAACAGACUUCUAAAUUCAAUACCAGAGGUCUUAGAUCCAGGAGGAGCGGUGUAA